GCUGCUCAGUAACAGAGAGCUGUAGGAUACUCUGAAAAGAGCCCACAGCUGGGCUAGCAUUUUACCAAAGCAAUGCAACAGUAACAUGCAUCCACCUAGAGUGGAGCCCAUGGACAGAGCCAGAGAGGCUCUGGAUUGCAAGGGACCCUUUUCUCCACACAGCCAGUAGUGGGAAGCAGAUGCAGCUCUUGUGCUGGGCUCAUCAGAUGCACAUCGAAACUAGACCCAGGUUAAACCAGCACUGUGGAUGGAGCACGGCUGCAAGAAGUUCUCAAGCAUGGCGGAGGAAAUGAAUAUCAGGGGGCAUGUGGAUGUGCUGUACAUUUCAAUUGAAACUGGGAUCGCGCUGGCGUCAGUCUUGGGUAAUAUACUAGUGGUCCUGGUGGUGAGAAUAAACCGUGCUCUGAGGGACACAACCUUCUGCUUCAUGGUCUCCCUGGCUCUCGCUGAUAUUGCUGUAGGCGUCCUGGUCAUACCUCUAGCCAUCAUCGUCAGCCUUGGAUUAAAAACUCAAUUCUACACAUGCUUGUUCUUCGCUUGCCUGCUUGUGAUAAUCACACAGAGCUCAAUCCUGUCUCUGCUGGCUAUAGCAAUAGACAGGUACCUGAGAGUUAAGAUCCCAACAAGGUACAGCACAAUAGUCACCCAGCAAAGAGCCUGGAGAGCUGUCUGCCUCUGCUGGAUUUUGUCCACAGUUACGGGACUGGUUCCCAUUUUCGGAUGGCACAACCGGGAAAAGAUCGGCGUGGAUGAAAGGAACGCCACGUCCGGGAGCAUCGUGUGCCAGUUCACCACCGUCAUGAGGAUGGAUUACAUGGUGUACUUUAACUUCUUCGGCUGGGUUGUCCUGCCCUUGACAAUCAUGAUGGGGCUGUACGCGGAAAUCUUUUACGUGAUCCGGAAACAGCUGAACAAGAGAGCGGAGGCGUCAAGCGACUCCAGCAGCAAAUACUAUGGCAAGGAGCUCAAGCUGGCCAAGUCCUUAGCCCUGGUGCUCUUUCUGUUCACUGUCUGCUGGCUGCCCCUGCACAUCAUGAACUGUGUUCAUUACUUCUGCCCCACAUGUCACGUGCCUAAGACUGCUAUGUACAUUGGCAUAUUCAUGUCCCACGCCAAUUCGGCUGUCAAUCCACUUGUGUAUGCUUUCAGAAUAAACCGCUUUCGAAGAACACUGCUUCAGAUUUGGAGAAGGCUUCUUUGUAAAAGUAAUGACCCAAGCCUGUGCAAUAUUAGCCCACCAGCUGUUGCAGAGAAGAAACUGAACCAAUGAUUCUGAAUUCUGCACUAUGGUUUUUAUAUACCAGUGAUGUUUGUAAAAGUAGAAAAUGCAAAUUCUGAUGGCUUUUCAAAGGCCUAACACACACACAGACAUGCACACACACACACACGCACACACACGCACGCACGCAUGCACACACACACACACGUAGCGUAUAUUCUGUUCAUGCCAUUUAUUUUAUUUGCAUAUAUUUCAAAGCAAGUCCUUUUAUAAACAGAUGCUCCGUCUCUUUACUUUGAAUGCUGUCUUUCAUUAUUGAGAGUUUCUCUCUAUGUAUUGCCCUGCCUGUGUGUGAAUGUACCGAGAAGGUUCACAGUGUAACAUUGUAAUAAAAACAACAGGUCAGUAAAGCUAACUCACUGCCACUGCACCUCAUUGGGGGGAACAACAUGAAUACAAUCAUUAAAGACUUUGAACUUGUGAAAUCAUUCCAACUACAUU